AGUUUUUUUAAACCGUCAAGUCAAAAUGAAAGUGCAACGGACUUCCACAUGAGGGUGUGGUGUUUGAAGACAAAAUGCGAUGUGUCAGAGCAAUUCAGAUCACUUCACUGAGGCACAUCUCAAUUGCAGUACCUGCUACUCGUCUGCUGACAAAAGCUUUGCCACGGUCUGAGACAUGAAUAACUCAACAGAUUACUGGAUGGAGGAUGAGGAGGAUGAUCUCAACCCUCUUAUAGAUUACAAUACCUAUGAGCUUCUCUGUGAAAAAAGUGACGUGAGAAAUUUCAGAAAAUUAUUCCUCCCAGUGUUCUAUGCACUGGCUUUCACAGUUGGAGUGGCUGGAAACUCAUUAGUGGUUGCAAUUUACGCCUACUGCAAGAAACCCAAGACCAAGACAGACGUGUACAUCAUGCACCUCGCCAUUGCUGAUCUGCUCCUGCUCUUCACCCUCCCUUUUUGGGCUGCAAAUGCAGUGCAGGGAUGGGAACUUGGAAACCCCAUGUGCAAGCUCACUUCUUCUCUGUACACCAUGAAUUUCAGCUCCAGCAUGCUGUUCCUGGCCUGUAUCAGCGUGGAUAGGUACAGGGCCACCUCUGAAUCCCAGGGCCAGAGAAGAGUAGGCAAACACUGCAGUGUUACCUGCAUCUGUGUCUGGCUGGCUGCCACUUUCCUCAGUAUCCCAGAGCUGAUAUUUAAUCAAGUCAAGAAACACAAUGAGAGGAACGAAUGCCUUCCCAUAUUUCCAGUGAACAUGGAAACACUCUUAAAAUCAACCAUUCAAAUCCUGGAAAUUAUCCUGGAAUUUCUGCUUCCUUUCCUAGUAAUGCUGAUCUGCUAUUCCGCUACUGCUCGGGCAAUCUUUAGGUCUGCAAAUGUUAAGAAGUCCAGGCCUUUCAAGGUUCUGCUGGCAGUAGUGGCUACUUUCAUUGUCACCCAGCUACCCUACAACAUCGUGAAGCUGUGGCGAGCCAUAGACAUCAUCUACAUGUUGGUGACAGACUGUCACACCAGUAAAACCAUGGACGUGGUGCUCCAGGUCACCAAGAGCAUCGCUUUGUUCCAUGCCUGCCUCAACCCUCUCCUCUACGCCUUCCUGGGCGCCUCUUUCAAAAUGCACAUCAUGAAAAUUGCAAAAAAUUAUGGGUACUGGAGAAGACAGCAGCAGAAUGGAAGACCUGAAGAAAUUUCUAUGAAUUAUGAAGACCCUACUGAAGAAACCAUCAGUUUCACUAUAUAGGCCCUCUGUUCCUUCCAUCAUCUUACAUGACCAAGGGAAUUGUUAACUAAUUCCAGGGGGUAUUGCUUCUGCAGCUGUUUCUCUGCAAGUCAGCUUUCAGAUCAAUUUCUGAACCAAAGCAGAUACCACAAAGAACUUCAAAGUGGAACAUGUUUAUCAGAAUCAAGGAAGAACUGAAUAGGAAUCAAGCAAGAAUUAAAUAUUGAAACCCCUAGAAACAACCUGAGAUUUACUAAACAACAACAUUAAAGAACUCAAAAAAAGCACCACAAUAAAAACCAAACACCUAAAAACACCCUCAAGAUUUAAAUUCUUAAGUGUCAUAGUACUAGGCAAUUCAGCAACUGUGUAAUGAACAACUAGUACACAUCUAAGCAUGCAAUUAAAACAGAGAACAAAAAAUCACCAAUCAAACAACAUGAACCUUUGUACCAGCAGUUAAUAAUCUUGUGUUUCUUCAACUAUUUUAUAAAACUUUAGAACGUUUACCUAACAGUUCAGCUCCAUUUCUCAACUCAGCUAUCAUUCCAUAGAUAACCUUGCAGAUUGAAAUGAAGUAUAAACUUAUGGCUGAGAACAGAGAGGGAGAAAGAGGGGGAAAAACCAUUCUCUAUGUGUUUCUACAAAGGUAUAGCAGCAACAACAUUCUCCACAAAAGUACCCCAGCAACUCCUUUUCUAUAACCACAGAAAAAAUGACCUUUCAUCUCUUCUUUUCUGCUCACCCUAAACUUCAACAAGACCAGUGCUUGUAGGGUGGCUGGCAUAUUCUAGAUUUUUAUAAAUGUAAUAAAAAGUUCAGGUAAUCUUCAGAUACAAGGUCUGGAUUUUUUAUUUAGAAUUGUUAAAAUUAAUCAAGCACUGCAAUAACUGUAUCUGCUAAAGUAUAUGAAGAUACAAUAAAAUCAAA